AUGUUGCUGGACCGGGCAGGCCAAGAGGCCCUGAAGCCUGCAGGUCCCAUCUGUAUGGAGAAAAGCGGCUGUGGUCCUUUUCCAGUGUGUUGGCCUAAAGAAUAUGACCAAUACCUAGCGUCCAGCAGAAGGAUGGCAGCUGCUCACCUUGACCCAAACUUGAAUCACACACCAAGCUCUAGUGCUAAGACUCACCUAGGUACUGGCAUGGAACGGUCCCCUGGUGCAAUGGAGCGAGUAUUAAAGGUCUUUCAUUAUUUUGAAAGCAGUAGUGAGCCGACCACCUGGGCCAGUAUUAUCAGGCAUGGCGAUGCCACUGAUGUCAGGGGUAUCAUUCAGAAGAUAGUGGACAGCCACAAGGUAAAGCAUGUGGCCUGCUACGGAUUCCGCCUAAGUCACCUGCGGUCGGAGGAGGUGCACUGGCUGCACGCGGACAUGGGUGUCUCCAGUGUGAGGGAGAAGUAUGAGCUCGCCCACCCACCAGAGGAGUGGAAAUAUGAAUUGAGAAUUCGUUAUUUGCCAAAAGGAUUUCUAAACCAGUUUACUGAAGACAAGCCAACAUUGAAUUUCUUCUAUCAGCAGGUGAAGAGUGACUACAUGUUAGAGAUAGCUGAUCAGGUGGACCAGGAAAUUGCUUUGAAGUUGGGUUGUCUGGAAAUACGGCGAUCCUACUGGGAGAUGCGGGGCAAUGCACUAGAAAAGAAGUCUAACUAUGAAGUAUUAGAAAAAGAUGUUGGUUUAAAGCGAUUUUUUCCUAAGAGUUUACUGGAUUCUGUCAAGGCCAAAACACUAAGAAAACUGAUCCAACAGACGUUCAGGCAGUUUGCCAACCUUAACAGAGAAGAAAGUAUUCUGAAAUUCUUUGAAAUCCUCUCUCCGGUAUACAGAUUUGACAAAGAAUGCUUCAAGUGUGCCCUUGGGUCGAGCUGGAUCAUCUCUGUGGAAUUGGCGAUCGGCCCAGAGGAAGGGAUCAGCUACCUGACAGACAAGGGCUGCAGUCCCACACACCUGGCUGACUUCACCCAAGUGCAGACCAUUCAGUAUUCAAACAGCGAGGACAAGGACAGGAAAGGAAUGCUGCAGCUCAGAGUCGCAGGUGCACCUGAGCCUCUGACAGUGACGGCACCAUCCCUAACCAUCGCAGAGAACAUGGCUGACCUGAUCGACGGAUACUGCCGACUGGUGAACGGAGCCACACAGUCCUUCAUCAUCAGACCCCAGAAAGAAGGUGAACGGGCGUUGCCAUCCAUACCAAAGUUGGCCAACAGUGAAAAGCAAGGCAUGCGGACACAUGCAGUCUCUGUGUCAGGAGUCAGUCACUGCCAACAUAAAGUUAAGAAAGCUAGGCGCUUUCUCCCCUUGGUCUUCUGUUCUCUUGAACUUCCUCCAACCGAUGAAAUUAGUGGGGACGAGACGGACGACUAUGCGGAGAUCAUCGAUGAGGAAGACACAUACACCAUGCCCUCAAAGAGCUAUGGAAUAGACGAAGCCAGGGAUUAUGAAAUUCAAAGAGAAAGAAUAGAGCUUGGACGCUGUAUUGGAGAAGGCCAGUUUGGAGAUGUACAUCAAGGCGUGUAUCUGAGCCCAGAGAAUCCAGCUUUGGCUGUUGCAAUUAAAACAUGUAAGAAUUGUACUUCGGACAGUGUGAGAGAGAAAUUCCUUCAAGAAGCCUUAACAAUGCGUCAGUUUGACCAUCCUCACAUUGUGAAGCUGAUCGGAGUCAUCACGGAGAACCCCGUCUGGAUAAUCAUGGAGUUGUGUACUCUCGGAGAGCUGAGGUCAUUUUUGCAAGUAAGGAAGCACAGCCUGGGUCUGGCGUCCCUGAUUCUGUAUGCCUAUCAGCUCAGUACAGCACUUGCAUAUCUGGAGAGCAAAAGAUUUGUCCACAGGGACAUUGCUGCUCGGAACGUUCUCGUGUCCUCAAAUGAUUGUGUGAAAUUAGGAGACUUUGGAUUAUCCCGAUACAUGGAAGACAGUACUUACUACAAAGCUUCCAAAGGAAAACUGCCUAUAAAAUGGAUGGCUCCAGAAUCAAUUAAUUUUCGACGUUUUACCUCAGCUAGUGACGUGUGGAUGUUUGGUGUAUGUAUGUGGGAGAUACUGAUGCAUGGUGUGAAGCCUUUUCAAGGAGUGAAGAACAAUGAUGUGAUCGGUCGGAUUGAAAAUGGGGAAAGAUUACCAAUGCCUCCAAAUUGCCCUCCCACCCUCUACAGCCUUAUGACGAAGUGCUGGGCCUAUGACCCCAGCAGGCGGCCCAGGUUUACUGAACUUAAAGCUCAGCUCAGCACAAUCCUGGAGGAAGAGAAGGUGCAGCAAGAGGAGCGGAUGCGGAUGGAGUCCAGAAGACAGGCCACCGUGUCCUGGGACUCUGGAGGGUCUGAUGAAGCACCACCCAAGCCCAGCAGACCUGGUUAUCCUAGUCCAAGGUCCAGUGAAGGAUUUUAUCCCAGCCCGCAGCACAUGGUACAGUCCAAUCACUACCAGGUCUCUGGCUACCCAGGUUCCCAUGGAAUUACAGCCAUGGCCGGCAGUAUCUACCCAGGUCAGGCACCUCUUCUGGACCCGUCAGAGUCAUGGACUCACAGACCUCAGGAGAUGUCUGUGUGGCAGCCUAGUGUGGAGGACUCUUCAUUGUUAGACCUUCGAGGGAUCGGACAGGUGCUUCCCCCCCACCUCAUGGAAGAGCGGCUGAUCCGACAGCAGCAGGAAAUGGAAGAAGACCAGCGCUGGUUGGAGAAGGAGGAGAGAUUUCUGAAACCUGAUGUGAGGCUCUCUCGAGGCAGCAUUGACCGAGAAGAUGGGAGUCUUCAGGGUCCGACUGGAAACCAGCACAUCUAUCAACCUGUGGGUAAACCAGAUCCUGCAGCUCCACCAAAGAAACCACCCCGCCCUGGAGCUCCUGGCCACCUGAGCAAUCUGGGCAGCCUCAGCAGCCCCGGGGACAGCUACAAUGAGGGCGUCAAGCCGUGGAGGCUUCAGCCCCAGGAAAUCAGUCCCCCUCCCACUGCCAACCUGGACCGAUCCAAUGACAAGGUAUAUGAGAACGUGACAGGCCUGGUGAAGGCUGUCAUCGAGAUGUCCAGCAAAAUCCAGCCAGCUCCACCAGAGGAAUAUGUCCCUAUGGUGAAGGAAGUCGGCUUGGCUCUACGGACCUUGCUGGCCACAGUGGAUGAGACCAUUCCUGUCCUCCCAGCCAGCACGCAUCGAGAGAUCGAGAUGGCACAGAAGCUGCUGAACUCCGACCUGGGCGAGCUCAUCAGCAAGAUGAAGCUGGCGCAGCAGUACGUCAUGACCAGCCUACAGCAGGAGUACAAGAAGCAGAUGCUGACCGCUGCUCACGCCCUGGCUGUGGAUGCGAAGAACUUGCUGGAUGUCAUCGACCAGGCCAGACUGAAAGUGCUCGGGCAGACCAGGCCACACUGAGCACAGCGAGUGCCCCCUUGUGCCCCUCGGGAGGUCUCCUCUAGCCUUCCACCAGCAGCGAGGAAUUAACCCAUGUCCUCAGCCGCCAGCACUCAGCUCCAACUGAAAGACAGCUAGCUGGAAACCUCUCUUGUAUAAGUUCAGCCACAUUUUGAUUUGGGUUCAUUUUUGUUAUUUUUCUAAAUCAUAGCAUUCAGAAAAAUCUGGAUCCAAAAUGUGGCAUUUUUCUGAGAAUGAAAAUUGUACAAUUAAGAAGAUUUUAGGACUCACUUGGUAUUCACAUCGGGAUGUGUUUUACUGAAAGUGGCCUGCGGCCGUGGUAGUCCCCACCCGCCCUGCUUGCAAGUUGGAAGAGACGCUUGAGGAGAGAGGGUUUCCACAGACCCAGGAAGCCGGAGUCCUUCCUGCCCAUCCUGUCCAGACUGGGAUGUUGGCUUUUCAGAACACCUUUGGUUGUAAUAUGCUAAUCCCAUUUACAGAGGAAGAAUAUAAAAGCUCUAUUUUGAAGACUGGAGUAAUUUCAGAAGACUUCUGCCACCCUUUCCUGUCCCCGCGGGUACUGAAGCGCUGAGUUGGGAACUAGUGCAGAGCUGACUACCACUCUAGUCUCCUCACAGAAUUCUGUGCCAGUUUUUUGUAGCAAUGUAAUUUCUCUUGGGAGCAAAAAUGCUUUGUACCAGAGCACCUCCCAGCUGCAUUCAGAAGUCCAGACCGUCCCUGUUUUCCAUUUUUAUAUAAUUUAUAAAGAAAGAUUAAAGCCAUGUUGACUCUUGGCAGCCACUGGAGCUAACUGAUCUUCAUUGCGCCCGUCUUCCCGGAGAGGACCCCGCAGGCAGGGGGGUUUGGCUCUCUGGAGAGGUUUGGUUGUCACACCAUCCCUUCUGUUAGAUGAUUUUGAAAAGUGCACCCUCCCUUUAGUUUGUCGGGGGAAAUAAAUUAUUCUCAGGAAGAAUAUAAUGAAUUGUACAGUUACUCUGACCUAUUAAAGAGGUGGCCCUAGUAAA